AUCCCGGCGUUGCACGUGUGAAGCGGCCUAAGGCCGCCGCUGUGAGCCGGGCAUUGUCGCCGUUCGUGUGGUAGCGAGUCACUUCUCCGGGACGAGGGGAGUGCAGCUGCCGGCCUUCUCUGGGGUGAGCGCCGCACGGCUGCAACAUGCCUCACAGGAAGAAAAAGCCUUUUAUAGAGAAGAAGAAAGCUGUGUCUUUUCACCUGGUCCAUCGGAGUCAACGAGAUCCUUUAGCAGCAGAUGAGACUGCACCCCAGAGGGUUCUGUUACCCACCCAGAAAAUAAAUGAUGAAGAGAGGCGAGCAGAACAGAGGAAGUAUGGCGUGUUCUUUGAUGAUGACUAUGACUAUCUGCAGCACCUGAAGGAACCAUCUGGGCCCUCAGAGCUUAUUCCCAUAAGUACUUUCAGUGCACCCGACAGAAGAGAUGAAAAAGAGGAAACUUUAGUAAUUUCAACCACGGGAAUUAAGUUGCCGUCAUCAGUAUUUGCAUCAGAGUUUGAGGAAGAUGUUGGAUUGUUGAAUAAAGCAGCUCCUGUUUCAGGACCUCGGCUGGAUUUUGAUCCUGACAUUGUCGCGGCUCUUGAUGAUGAUUUUGACUUUGAUAAUCCAGACAAUCUGCUUGAAGAUGAUUUUAUUCUUCAGGCCAAUAAGCCAACAGAAGAAGAGGGAACGGAUAUACGGAAAUCUGAGGCCGAAGAUGACAGUGAGUGGGAAGACAUGGAUGAUGAGAAGGAAGGAGGUAGUGAUGACGAUAACUAUGGCUCUGCGGGCUCAUCAGAUGAGGCCAUGUCUGUCCCUGGAAAACCUCUUGGGACUGUAGAAAAUCACUUAUUCUGGGAAGAGGAGACGAAAAGUCGCUUUACUGAAUAUUCUAUAACAUCUUCAGUUAUGAGGAGAAAUGAGCAGCUGACUCUUCAUGAUGAGAGAUUUGAGAAGUUUUAUGAGCAAUAUGAUGAUGAUGAAAUUGGAGCUCUGGAUAAUGCUGAAUUGGAAGGUUCCAUUCAAGUAGACAGCAAUCGCUUAGAGGAAGUCUUGAAUGACUACUACAAAGAGAAGGCAGAGAAUUGUGUAAAACUGAAUACUCUUGAACCCUUCGAGGAUCAGGACUUGCUAAUGAAUGAACUUGAUGGGUCUGAGGAGGAAGAGGUUAUUACUGUAGUUCUUGAAGAAGCCAAAGAGAAGUGGGAUUGUGAAUCUAUUUGUAGUACAUACUCAAAUUUAUAUAACCAUCCACAACUUAUCAAGUAUCAACCAAAGCCCAAACAAAUCCAAAUAUCUUCUAAAACAGGAAUGCCUCUCAAUGUCUUACCUAAGAAAGGACUCACAGCAAAACAAGUUGAACGAAUGCAGAUGAUUAAUGGCAGUGAUUUGCCAAAGGUGUCAACCCAACCUCGAUCUAAAAAUGAAAGCAAAGAAGAUAAAAGAGCAAGAAAACAAGCUAUAAAAGAGGAGCGCAAGGAACGGAGAGUGGAGAAGAAAGCUAACAAAUUAGCCUUCAAACUGGAGAAAAGAAGGCAGGAAAAGGAGCUCUUAAACUUGAAGAAGAACGUUGAGGGGCUAAAGCUAUGACAGUAGAACAUUUAGGAUAAGGUGCCUUCCCCACUGCGGCUCCUCGUUAUGUUCAGUAUUGAACAGGGACCUGCAGAGAGACAAAACUAUUUAAUCUGCCAUUUUUA